AAAAAUUUAAGUAAUGCGCGCGCAGUAAAUUUUUAAAAAUAAAAAAUGGAAAAAAAAUUACACAUAUAAGGAUUGUUUAAAAGUUGUCUCUAAUAAAUAUAUAUAAAUAUAUAAAAGAAAUAGUUUGGUAUUUAAUACUUAUAGAGAAGCGGAACUGUAAACUUUCUCUGGGGUCCAAAGACUUGAUCUAACUUAUUGCCACUGAUGUAACGUCCGUUUCAUUUUAUUUCCACGUAUUCACUAUCAAUAUAUAAAUAUUACGCUUUCACGUUACAGCAAAUGCUUUAGAAUUAUAUUUUAAAACAAAUAUUGAUCACUAUAAUUAUUUAAGUGUGAUAGCUCAAAAAAAGUUAAAUAAUUUUAAUGACUCAAUUAAGUAUCUCAUAAAUUUAAUUAUUAAAGUUUUAGCACAAUCAUUAAAUUAUUCAAAUAAUAUGUUACCGUAAUGUAUGGUAACUUUUUUUUUUUUAAAUAAAUCUUUGUGAUAUAAAUUAUUUCCUCCACUUUCCGCGGACUCGCGAACUCCCGGUCCCGUGGACUCGUGAUCUUUUAGUAGACGCAAUAGUUUUCUUUACAAUCACAACUAUAGAGACCCUGGAGAUUAAAUAGACGUUAGAAAUGCACCAGUAUAUUCAAUUAAUUAUUAUUAUUUUUUUAUUUCCGGUAUGGGCUAAAAGUGAUUUUGAAAAAUAUUUUCCCGCUUAUGCGGUGGCUAAAAAUAGUAAAAUUAUUAAAAAUUCAACGUGUAAAAAUCAACUUGAAAAAUUAAAACUUGGAAUUGAUGAAAAAAUUUUAUGGAGUUUGAAGGUUUUAGAUGCAAGCGGUGAACCAAAGCCGGGAUUUAUUUACGGUAAUAAUUACUGGUUAGGCUGGAAGAGCCAGUGCUUUGAUUUAGAAAUUCGUGAGCCGUUGGAAUUAGACAAAGAAUUUUUGAAAAAUAAUUCGAUAUAUCGGAAUAGAGACCAAGAAUUCCCGCCGUUUAAUUUAAAUUAUUUUAUUGCGCGGUUUCAUCACAAUAGCACGAUCCAGUAUCAUUUUCGUAUUAAAAAUGAAGAUGUAAUAACACUGGGACUAUGUCUACCCGCAUCCUGUUCGACUGAAGACUUAAGCAGAAUUUUGACAAACAUCUUCAAGUCUCGUCUUCUCGCAAUCGGCGACUUAUUUUCAGCAGACUUUAGUCUCAUCGACGUCCAAGAUCUCAAGGAUGAUCAUCGGUGGCUACUUAACUGGCGAAUAAUCACCACGAGCUUGAUUAUAAUAUUGACAAUAAUCCUUGCGAUAAUCGGAACCGCUUACGAUGUGAUCCUACACCAAAAACGUCACAAAUCUAAACCAACAAUUGUAGUUAAAAUUCUGCUCUGUUUUUCUGUCUACACAAACUCGAAAAUAAUAUUCAAUACAAAAAUAAGUAAAGAUUCUCUGACAUCAAUUCACGGUCUUCGUUUCUUUGGGAUGCUCUGGAUCAUGAUGAUCCACACGGUUUUUUAUUCAAACGACUACGUAGACAACAGAACAACCGUCUGGCGUCUUUCCGAAGAUCUGAUGGCUCAAAUCCUCAGCAACGGGAGCCUCUCCGUGGACACUUACUUCUGUCUAAGCGGUUUCCUCAUCAGUUGGCUUUUUUUUCGACAAAAAUAUCGUGAGAAUCGUGUUCGAGUGAUGAAAUUUCGUUGGUCCGAUUACUUUGGACUCAUUACCAAGCGAAUCAUCAGACUCACUCCAGCCUAUUUACUGAUAAUCGGAAUCGCCGAAAUAAAUUUCGGCUGGUACGCAAAGACAUCAGCAUUCAAAAUGGCCGAGAAACCUCAAGAAAAUUGCGCCAUCUACUGGUGGAGGAAUUUACUGUACAUAAAUAAUCUGUUUCCUUGGAAUGAAGCCUGUCUGUCCUGGAGCUGGUAUUUGUCAAAUGAAAUGCAAUUUUAUUUAAUAGGGACAUUUUUGCUUCUCCUAUCUGACUUGUACUUUAAGACCGCGACUGGGCUAUUAAUUAGUUUGUUAAUUAUUUCCGCGGUAAUUGAUGGUCUUAUUUCAUCAGCGUACGCUUAUACGACCAUGUUAGAUCAGCUGUGGAAUUUAAUGGACGUCGUUUACUCGCCGCCAUGGAUGAGAAUCGGGCCAUAUUUUAUUGGAAUUAUUUCUGGAUAUAUUUUAACAAGACUGAAGGGUAAAUUGGUUAUGAAACGGAAAACGUUAUGGUUAUUUUGGACGAUUGGAAGUCUGUGUAAUCUUUUGACACUUUUUGGACUCUACGGUCGGCAUCUUUCAAUAGAAGCAACCGCCACCUACGUCGCAUUGAGCAGAAUUACGUGGGCAAUUGGGAUUUCUUGGAUUUUGAUUGCUUGUCAUACAAACAAUGCUGGUUUUUUAAACAAAUUAUUGUCUCUAAAAGUGUGGAUACCAUUAAGUAGACUCAGUUUUUGCGCUUAUUUAUUGAAUCCUUUGUUAAUUAAUUCGGUUUAUCUGCAAUCAGAGUCUGCAAUUCACGUCGACUUUCUUCCUACUAAAACAACUUUUCUAGGAAUCGCAUUAAUGACUUAUUUGUGCGCGUAUCUAGCAACGAUUUUACUUGAAACUCCUUAUAUUUUAUUGCUCAAAGUAUUAACACAAAAAUAAUUUUUAUUUUAAAUAAAGUGAUAUAUAAUUUAGAAAAAUUAAA